CUGCAAUCUGGGUGUCACGAAAAAUUCCCGGGCUUGUGCACAUUGUUUGGAGAAUGCGCAGCGUGUAUGAGAGGGACUAACGACAUAAUUUAAUGAUUGAACGGAUUUAAGACGGUAAUCCACGCGUCGCUGUGGACGGGGAGGACCGGAGGACGCCGUCAGCCCCCCCGGCGGUGACAUCCCGGCUGCUUUUGGGGUGCUGAGGGACGGCAAAGCGAGAGAACAGCACCUUCCUCAAGACGACGAGACCCACUGAGCUUCAUGGCAGCAGUAGUGUGGAGAUGAUUGAGAUGAGAUGGAUGUUUGAGCUGAAGCUGAGGCACAACAUGUUCUUCAAACAAGUGAAGUGCAACCUUCCCACUGAUUCGGCUGAAUGCAGUUGGGAACUAAAGAGAUCUGCUGGUGUUUACUGAACACUCCACAUAAACAAUGGCUCAUGGAUGGAACACAGAUCAUGAUUCUGAGACUCCAUCUGAUACAGAGGCUUUAAGAGUGUCAGAGUCUGAUGAGAGCUUUGGACAACGUAUUGAUGAGCAUACUGCAGAAGAGAACCUUUCGAAUAUGGUGGUUUCUGAAACAUUUCCAACAUCAAACUGUUUAAGACCUAAACCCGAUUUACUCCAGAGUACAUGCCAUGAACCACCAUGGCAAGAAGGAGGGAAACUGGUCGAGUGCACGGAAGGUCAGUCAGAGGAUAUCAAAACAAAUCAGCCUGGUAUCACAAAAAAAGAAUCCUCUGCUUUGACUGCCAAAUCAAUUUUGACAGGACUAAGUACUGGUUUGUUGGCUGGUAUUGACGGUUACUCAGAUGUUAGCAGCUGCUCUGAGGCGGACUUUGAAUGCCCUUCAAAUGACGUUAACGAAGAAAAGCCUGGCCUGUCUUUAGAAUGUCAAAAGAUAGAGCAUGUUAAGGAAAGGAAUGAAUUGGAAAAAGAUACGUCUACAUCACUGCAUACUGACAGUUUGCCUAGUGCAUUGACAGCAGGUGAUGAAGAAACGGCAAACACCACAGAUUAUGACAACAGGGAACCCCAUGAGUCAGAUUGUGAGAGUUCAAGCGGUAAUGUGAAUAAUGUGGCAGAUGAUGGUAGCCUGCAGGAGAGGGGUUUCUCAGAUCCUCAAGAUCAAAGCUUAAAUAUCAUUAGCACAGAAGAUGAAAAUGUGUGCGUUUUAAAAAGCGAUGAACGCAUAACAGACAGCACCUGUCUUACCCAGAACACGGAAUGCAGUGCUGAAGAAGAACACAGGAAAGACACAACUGAUCUUACCUUAAACAAAGAAUGCAGUGCUGAAGAAGAACACAGGAAAGACAAAACUGGUCCUACCCUCAACACAGAAUGCAGCAUUGAAAAAGAACACAGGAAAGACAAAACUGAUCUUACCUUAAACAAAGAAUUCAGUGCUGAAGAACACAGGAAAGACAAAACUGGUCCUACCCUCAACACAGAAUGCAGUGCUGAAGAAGAACACAGGAAAGACACAACUGAUCUUACCUUAAACAAAGAAUGCAGUGCUGAAGAACACAGGAAAGACAAAACUGGUCCUAUCAUGAACACAGACUGUAGUGCUGAACAGCUGCUUGAAGACAGAACUGGCCCUACCCAAAAAACAGAAUGCAGUGCUGAAGAACUGCUCAAAGAAAGAUCUGGUCCUAACCUCAACACAGAAUGCAGUGCUGAAGAACACAGGAAAGACAAAACUGAUGGUCCUGUCCAGAACACAGAAUGUGCUGCUGAAGAGCUCCUCAAAGACAGAACUGGUCCUACCCAAAAAAUAGAAUGCAGUGCUGAAGAACACAGGAAAGACAAAACUAGCCCUACCCUGAACACAGAAUGCAGUGCUGAACAGGUGAAAGAUGAAACUGGUCCUACCUUGAACACGGGAUGCAGUGCUGAAGAACUUCUCAAAGACAGAACUGGUCCCACCCUAAAAACAGAAUACAGUGCUGAAGAACACAGGAAAGACAAAACUGAUGGUCCUGUCCAGAACACAGAAUGUGCUGCUGAAGAGCUCCUCAAAGACAGAACUGGUCCUACCCAAAAAAUAGAAUGCAGUGCUGAAGAACACAGGAAAGACAAAACUGAUGGUCCUGUCCAGAACACAGAAUGCAGUGCUGAAGAGCUCCUCAAAGACAGAACUGGUCCUACCCAGGACACAGAAUGCAGUGCGGAAGAACCCCUCAAAGACAAAACUGGUCCUACCCUAAAAACAGAAUGCAGUGCUGACGAACACAAAAGAGAAAUAACUGGUCCUACCAACAACACAGAAGGCAGUGUUGAAGAAUCAAACAAGGAUUACAAAGAAACUCUAACGGCUAUGAUUAGUUCGGUUUGUGAUAUGGAUUCAAACAGCGAAAACAAGCUUGAGAAAAAGACCAACAUUAAUGGGGAUAAUACAUGUAACCAAAGUUCCGACGAGUUUGAAAAGGUCAACGGAACCUGUGACUCUCCUGACACUGAGAAGAGUGCUGUAAACAACAUGCCUCCCACUGACCAAACUGAGGGUCAUUGUUUGUCCAACGGUCAAGAGGUGCAACACAGCAGUUUUGAAUUCCUACAGUCUUGUUUUGGGUUAAACACAGAUCACAACCCUCCCUUCUCCAGUAGUCCAGUUCCUGCAACAUUAGACCAACAUGAGAGAUCGUCUUCAGAACCUGAAGCAUCUUCAGAGUUUGAACAGGAGAAUGAUUGCAAAAGAGGGCAAAGAAUCAGUGGCUUGGAAGUUGAGACCAACAUUGUUAGAGAAGUUUCUUUAGUAUCCUCCCAGAAAUUAAUGAAAAAACUGCAACCUGUUGUGCUUGUGCAGACCUCUGAUAUAAAGGCGGAUGAUGGAAAUGUAUACCAUUGUGUGUGCAAAAAGAAUUCCCAAACAUUAGACGAACUUAUUGAACAUCACCACUGCGCACACAGUCAGUGUAAUUUUCAAUGCUGUGUCACCUGUGAAAGGUACUUUUCCAGCGAUGCUUCGGCAGAGCAGCAUGUUUGCGGGCAGUUUCCCCCAGAUUAUUCAGUGUCGCACAAUGAGCAGUCUGAAAGAGCGGUUGCAAAUUAUACAUGUAGAUACUGCCUAAAACCGUUUGUCAAAAGAUAUUAUUAUCUUAAUCAUGUACAAGGACAUAGAGCUGUCACAAAAUAUCGAUGUAGGUGUUGUGGUUUGUACUUUCCUAAUGAAAGUAAGCUGAGCCGUCACAAACGAAAGAUCAGAUGUUUACCUUUAGUACUAGAACCCCUGGAGUCUAAAAAAAGUUCAGAAACGAACCUAAAAAGACCAGUUAAACCCACUGCCGUACUUGAGGUUGAUGGCUGUCAGAUUUAUGACUGUUUUGUGAAAGUGUUUGACAUAAACGAGAAGGACCAGUCCUCUCAAAAAAUAACAUGCCCCAUUUGUGGAAAGAUCUUUAGGCUUAGAGCACAACUGAACGCACACCUCAGAGCCCACUCUGAUGAGAAGCCUUUUAAAUGUGACAAAUGUCAAAAAGACUUCAAAUAUUUCUGGAAUCUAAACAAGCAUAAGAGGGAGCUGUGUCCUCAAAAGAAACGUCAUUCGUUACCUGUGCCAGCCAGUAAGGCAGACGUGUUCCCUUGUCCCUUGUGUCCGAGGGAAUUUAGGCAUUCCUACAACACCAUCCGGCAUUUGCGUGAGCAGUGUCUGAAACUUUAUAUUCGGAAAGAAAAAGGAAAAGUUGGUGGCAGGUACAAAUGCCCUCUGUGUCCUGAUACCUUUAGCAUGGCAUGCAAUCGAAGUAGACAUGUUAAGAAAACUUGCUUUCAGAGAUUUAAGACCAACUGGCUUGGUAACCAAAGGAAGACCAUGGCAAAGAACGCCAACGCCGAUGACUCCAAUAGAGAGGUUAAAAGUGAAAAGAUGACACGAUUUGGGUGUAAAUUAUGUCCGGCUACAUUUUUACACAAAACUAGUGUCUGGAAACACACAAAGCUAAAACAUGGAUUGCUUAAAAAUACUUCAAAGCCGGUUGGCAAACAGUCAAGCUCCAAUGACCAAGGACCUGAAAGUCAAAAGUCUCCCCAUGAGGCCUCAAGCCGAUAUUUUACAUGUCACUUCUGUGAAAGAUGCUUCAAUGCAUCUGAAAGAUUGAGGAAACAUUUACGGUUACAUGUGGGGAAGAAACCUUACCGCUGCUUGGACUGCGGUAAAAACUUUGUGAGGCGCGGGAACUUAAUAGCUCACAAAAGUGUUCACAAGCGAAGGAUAGAGUGUUCUGUCUGUAGGAAAAUUCUUCCCUCCAUUGGAGAUUUGUUAAAACACAGACAAUCCCACAGAAAGAAGGGUAGUCUUCAAUGCCCUGAUUGCCAGAUGCAGUUCAAGUUUCCUGUGUACUUUCUCCGACAUGUGGCAUCACACACAAAGACUAAACCCAAGUCAGUCAAGUCUCCACCUGAGAACCAAACUGAAAAGACAGAGGAAAAGACAAAGAAAAUUCACGAGGUCUUCAGUUGUGGCAUAUGCCAAAAGCAAUUUGAUGACUCCAAAGCCAUGAGUGACCACUGUCUAACCCAUAUUCCAAAAGUGCUUGUUUCAAAAUGUCAGUUCUGUAAACAGCAUUUUCCAAAUCCAAAUCGAGCUACGUUGGCUCGGCACAUGCGUAUUCACACUGGUGAAAAACCUUUUGUUUGCAAGGAUUGUGGAACGCGUUUUGCCCGAAAGGAAUACCUUAAAAAUCAUAAAGAGAAGUGCCGAAAACCAGAAAAAAAGUCAGAUGAACAGGGAAAAAAAUUAAGUUGCUCUUACUGCCUGCGUAUAUUUUCUUUUGUAGGCGGUUUGAAACUUCAUGAACGAGCUCAUAUGGCUAACAGCCUUGUGCCGUGUUCAAACUGUGGGAAGUUUUACAGAAAGAAGCACAUUAAACAACAUGUGCGGAACUGCAAGGGGAGUGAAUCUCAGCCAACAUUCAGGGGAAGGAAAAUAAAAAAUGAGAAUAUAGAGAAAGAUUCAGAUGUGAGUCAAAGUGAUUCAAAAGAAUUUGGCAAAAGGAUGAAGAGGAACUUUCAGGAGAGUUGCCCACACUGCCCCAAACGUUUUCAGUACAGAUGUUACCUUCAGAGACACAUUCGUUCUCACGUGGAGACAAAGAAAUAUUCAUGUAUGCAUUGUGGCCAGAAAUAUGACAGCGAAAAGCUGUAUCUGGAGCAUGAGGCCUUCUGCGAAAAUGCAUUAAAGGAAGAAACCCAAGCAGUGUCUUUAGAUUCUUCAAACGAUGGGGAGCUGAAGUGCAGUUUUUGUACAAAAUCCUUUACAAAAGCCAGAAGUCUCAGGAGCCACAUUCUUACACACACAGAUGUCAAGCCGUAUCGCUGUAAGGCAUGCGAGAAAAGUUUUUCCCGAUUUGAUCAUCUGAAACGUCACCAGACAAGUUGUAAAGGCAAGAAACAGCAACUGGAAGUACGAAUUGAGAAGAUCAAUCUUGAGCUUUUGGGCACAGACCUGCAAACUCAAGCGCAGAAAUCCAGCAAUGUUUUUCAGUGUAAUGUUUGCUCUAAGAAGUUAUUCUCCCAGAGCAAUUUAACACGGCACAUGGCCCUGUUACAUUCUACAGAAAGUCCUUUUAUCUGUAAAUACUGUGGAAAGGAGUACAGCUCCCUUGGCACUUUAAGGAGGCAUAGUCGUACAGUAAAGUGCAAAAGGUCCUCAGGAGAGAGCUUGAAAGCACCAGCGUCAAAUGCCUCUUCUGAACCACGCAGAGAAACAUCUAAACUUUUGCAUCGCAUACAGGAUUCCUACUCAAGUAACUUUCGGUUCCACUGUGAAUACUGCCCCCGCCAAUUUAAAAGCCAAGCUAGCUUGAUUACGCAUACUCGUCUUCAUACUGGAGAAAAACCUUAUGUAUGUGCCAAUUGUGGAGAAGGCUUCAUCAGAAGAGACUAUUUGCAGCGGCACACAGAAAGAUGUCGAAAAAAAGUAGGAAGUCUCCAAAAAGUGCUUUGCAAAUGGUGUUGUGGAUCGUAUACUCAAGGUGCACUUUAUAAACAUCAGAAAAAGUGCAUUGUUAAAAGUAAAUCUCGUGCCUCCACCCAGUCAACCAGCACUUCAGAGGUAAAGGGGUUUACCUGUGUUGGGUGUAGUGAAAGAUUUUUGUUGUUUUCCCAGCUUCAGCAGCAUCUUCUGACCAAACACAGAUCUCAAGGUCUACAGAAGUCGGAAAACCCAGAGAACCAGCAGAGUGAUAUGAAGGCAAAUCCAGUAGAGGAAGGGACUGUCAAGAGCCUGCGGAGCAGCAGUCAAGUGUGUGAAAAGACUAAACCCUAUGAGUGUCCAACUUGCAGUAAGAAGUUCAUAAACACCAGCGGACUAGCAAUGCAUGUACGCACUCAUACAGCCCGGUACCCGUUUUCUUGUGGUAGAUGUUCCAAAGGGUUUUGGUGCAAAUUGUUCCUGCAGAAACACAAGCGAAAGUGUAAGAGCCCUGAAGUCCUUCCAGACAAGGACCCUGAUCUGGAAAAUGAAGCUACAUCAGAAUCAGAGCUUAAUGAUUCUGUUCUUGUGAUUAAGAAAGGCUGUAAAUCGACCGGGACUGGAGUACUGCAGACCAAGUUUUCUUGUAAGGAUAAUGAGAAAGAUGAUGUAGUCCACAAGUAUCAGUGCUCCGAGUGCGAUCAAAGUUUCACAGAUGGCCUCAGACUUAUAAGUCACCUUGAGGACCAUGGCCGUGAAGAUCUGGAGCAAAGAUUUAACAAGAAGUUCAGAUGCAAACUGUGUAGUAAGACUUUUGACCAAGCUGGGAGGCUGCAGUACCACAUGAGGACCGACCAUCAGGAAAAAAAGUUUCCUGCUUCAUGUCCACAGUGCCGCAAAGUCUUUCGCUGUCAAUCGGAAAUGGCUCUCCACAGGUCUUAUCACGAUCCUAAUCGGCCAUUUGUUUGCGACACCUGCAAGUUGAGGUUUUGGACAGCUAAAUCUUUAAAAGUUCAUGAAACCGUUUCCCAUCUAGAAACUAAAACUGGCAAUGCAAAGGAGUCUAGCAAGAAAAGAUCUGCCAAGGUUUUUACAUGCGAGCACUGUAGUAUAACAUAUACAUCAAGACAGUCAUACUGGAGACACCGCAGAAAGAAACACCCACAAGAAAGUUUAAAAAGUCGUGAGGCAGAAAGUGCCCCUAAGCAUCAAGGCUCGGUGAAUGAGGAAUCUGACGUCAGUGAUGCGGGGAACGAAGAUGGAAGUGGUGACGAUUCGGACUCCGCUCCUUAUUUUCCUUGUCAUGUCUGCGGUAAAACAUUUGUGACCUCAGAAAGUCUUGAGGAUCAUCAAAGAUGCCACCUUGGCGAAAAGCCCUAUGAAUGUGAGGAAUGUGGCAAAUGCUUUUUCCAGCUUCAAAACUUGCAGCAGCAUCAGCGAAGCCACAAAACUGAGUUUCAGUGCAAUCUGUGUGGCAAAGGCUGCAUUUCACUCGUUGCCCUGCGCAAGCAUAAGCACUCUCAUGGUAAAAAACGACCUCAUCGAUGUACAAAGUGUCAUUUGAGUUUCACAGGAUCCUCACAGCUGGCAGAACACAUGCUCACACAUCGUGAUGAAAACUUUCCCUGUGACCUUUGCGACAAAACAUUUUCCUGCAAAUCAAGCAGAGCAGAGCACCGCAAGUCCCACACUCAGCAAGAGGAGGAGCUCCCUCCCUUAAUCUCACCCACAAAGAAAAUUUCUCCACCAACAACGCCACCAUCACCACCACAACCACCUCCACCUCCACGACCACCGCCACCAAGAAGUAAAAGACUUGCAGAAACGUCCUUGGAAUUCCACUAUCACUGUGAAAUUUGUCAGCUUCGAUUCAGAGAUCCAGAACAGCUAUCGGAGCAUGGCUGCCAUCCAGCACGCGAGCGUCCAUAUUCGUGCCCUGAAUGUGAUAAGCAUUUCUUGCAUGGCUCUCACUUAAAGAAGCAUCAGCUUUGUCAUCAGCUGUCUGGACAAAGGUCUUUUCAGUGUAAAAGUUGCGACAUGAGUUUCAGGCACCAACAUCAGUACUUGAGCCACAUGCGGAAGCAUGGGGAUGAACCUUUAGACUCCGAGGUCCAAGAAAAAGAGACAUCGUCUGACACCAACAAUCUAGAUCAGGACAAAAUUUACAAAUGCCCAAUUUGUCCUGAAAGGUUUGCUCAAGCUUUAGAGCUAGCAGAUCACCUUUCGGUCCACUCGCACAUGUGCAGUGUUUGCAAAAAGACUUUCCCAACCAAGCAGAAGCUUGAGGAGCACGAACAAUGCCAUGUAGCUGCAGCUACGCAGUACGAGUGCACAGAGUGUGGAAACAGCUUCCUUGGCAGCGAUUCCUUUCGCCAGCAUAACUGUGCACGCAAGAAACGCUCGUUUUCAGACACUCACCACGGACAUUCAUCCAAGUCACCUCCUAGCAAAAAGAGAGCUACAGAAGCUGCAAUUAAAGUGGAGGUGGAGGAGGUGGAUGAGGAGGAGGAAGUUGACGUUGGAGAAGAUUUUUAUAACUGUCCCGUCUGUAAUAAACGCUUUUCUUCUAGCAACAACUUACAGGACCAUCAAAGGCUGCAUGAUAAUUUCCGUCCUUUCAAGUGUCUGGUCUGUGCAAAGGGCUUUACGAAAAAGAAAUAUCUCGUGCAGCAUCAACACUUGCACGACGAGAGUCCAUAUCAGUGCGAGUUUUGCCCAGAAUCGUUCAAAACUGAAUCACGUCUUAAGACCCAUCGCCGAACUCACGACGAAACGCGAAAACACACGUGUUCCGUGUGCAACAAAUCAUAUCGCUCACCAUCUGAACUCUCGAAACAUGCAAGGAAACAUCCAGAACUGCAGGACCUUAAGGAAACAAGUGGAGACUUUAGAUGUGAUAUGUGCUACAAAUCUUUCGCUACAUUUUCCAAUUUGGUAAAGCACCAGGAAACUCACGUUGGCCAGGUUGUCUAUGAAUGCACGGAGUGUGACAAAGCUUUUGCAUUUCUGAAUCUUUUAGAAGAACAUCAACAAACUCACGCUGCUUCUAUAGGUGUUCCACAGUCUUCAGCGCACAUGUAUUUUCAAAAUCCCGUCUGUGAGUAGUGUACAGUAAAGUAUUUCCUGCAAUGCAGGUGAUUUUUAAGUUCUGUAUGUUAUUCAGUUUUCUGAAAAUAGAGACUGCAGCUUUUGUAAAAUCACCAUUGUAAAACUCUGUACUAUAUUUCUUUUUUUUGUUAUCUGUAUAUAUGCAAGCAGUUCCUUUUUUUAAACAUUGCAGUUCUGAGAACUACUUGCUGAAAUUCUAUUGUUUGGCCUUCACAAGUUUUUUUUUUUUUUUUAAUAAACUGAGGUGUUGGUUGCAAAGAAAUUUAUGUGACAAAAAAUAGGUUCUGUUCAAAUGUUCAGUCCUUUGGGGCUCAGAUGGAGAGAAAUCCCUUAAGAAAUGUUUUGUCCUUACGUAUAUUGCCCUUUUGGACAAGUUAACAUUUAAUGUCCUUUUUUAUAUUGUUUAGAAUUGCUAUGUUGCUUCCUGAUCAUUGGUUUUAGCCAAUUAUCUAAUACCUCUGAUUGCAAAGUUUUGAAUAGCAUUAUUAUGAAAUGAUGAAUAUUGUGUAUAUGCCUUGUGUAUGUUAAAAUUUGUUCUUUGCACCUGUUGGUUUAUUAAUAUUUUUUGGCUUAACAGGUGUUUAUAAGUUCCUCCCAAGCACUUGAUUUGUUGUCACUCUGUAACGAGAGAAACUACUUCAUACAUUUGUAUUAAAGUCUAUACAGUAUGCUUAUGUAAAUCUUUUUUUUUUUUAAUACUGUGUUUACUGUGUACACAAUUUUCAGACUUAGACAAUAAACCAAUUUGAAUA